UGUGGAAAAAUAAAAAAAAUAGUGAUCCAGUUGAAUAUGCAGGAUGGCUCGCUGAUCAUGAAGAAAAGUGUACUCUAAAUCAUACUGGAAGUUCUGGGAAGAUGGAAACAGAUGCAGUUGUGAAAAUGUUUUCUCGUUCAGUAAAUAAACAUCAUGUUCGAUAUACGACAUACAUAGGAGAUGGUGACAGCAAGACAUUCAACGGUAUUUUGAAGGCAGAACCAUAUGGAAAAGAUAUUGUUGUUGUAAAAAAAGAGUGUGUUGGACACGUUGAGAAGAGAAUGGGCACUAGGCUCCGAAACGCAAAAAAAUCUAAUAAAGGCAUUGGUGGAAAAGGUGCAGGAAAACUCACUGAGAAAUUGAUUGGUGAGAUGACAAAGUAUUAUGGAUUAGCUAUUCGGAGGCAUCCAUAUUCUACUGAGGAAAUGAGAAAGGCAAUUUGGGGAACAUUCUAUCGCAAGAUUUCCACAGACAGCAAUCCACAGCAUCAAAAUUGCCCUGCAGGCGAAUCUAGUUGGUGCAAAUGGAGGAGAGCUGAGUUUCUCGGAGAGGCUGAGCAAUUCAAGCACGAUAAACCGCCUCUUUCUGAAUCAGUUCAAAAAAUUAUAAAACCAAUUUAUGAGGAUUUAUCCAGAAAAGAAUUGUUAAGCAGAUGCCUGGGAGCAGAAACUCAAAAUAAUAAUGAGUCGAUCAAUUCGUUAAUCUGGACUUUUGCUCCAAAGCACCUUCAUUCUGGGCCAAAAGUCGUUGAAAUUGCCACGUUUCUCGCUGUCAUGAUCUUCAACGAAGGAUUCGAAUCUAUCCUGAAGACUUUAGAAACCAUGGGAGUGAAAAUCGGCCCACAAGCUAAAACAUACGUGCAACAGCGUGAUAGCUCUCGGAUCGACCGUUCAGAAAGGCGCACGAGUGAUGUUGUAAAACAGGCCCGAAUCGCCAAAAGGGAAGAAGGAGCAGCUCUGCGUGACUUCCAAGAAGAAGAGGAAGGCCUAUUGUAUGGUCCAGGCAUAGCAGAUUGACGAUAAGCCAAACAGCCGCAAUCUUGGUCACCGUCAAGCACCUCUUUUACUUUAUGUCUUCUUGUCGGCCACUAUAACUUUUAUUCUAUUAUAUAUUUUGUCUUCAAAAAAUUUGUAAAG